GAAUAGAUGAUUUAGACAAGACGUAAUUUGUUUGAUGGGUGGUUUGUCUGACUCGGAAAGAACAUCUCCGACCAUGAUUUAGGCUGUUAAAGAGAGAGCAGGUCCAUGUGUGUGGGCGUGGAAAGCGAGAUGGCUCAUUAUCUGAAGUCAAUGAGCUGAGCGUUCCUGUCAAGAGCGCAGAAUGAAAAAGCGCACAGAGCCGAACAUCCAAUGGGUCAAUCUCAGCGAGUUUACGCACUGACUGGAUUCUGUCGGCAGCCAGAGUUUAUGGACUGAGUGGUUUCCCGCUGCGAUACACAGGUUGUAGCGAAGAUUUACUUGGAGAGUUUAUUUUCUCACGGCAAAACCAAAAAAGCAGAAGCGCAAAAAGACGCAGAGAUGACAGAUUUGAUUUCACUUCGAAGUCAGUGAGACCCGCAUCCUCCCGUGUUUAACCCAAACGUUGACCCUUCUAGGGGAGAUGCAAAGAAGCUGCAGGAUGAAUUCCGCUUUCAUAAUAGUGUUACUUGGAGUGGUUGGAGCUCUGGCGAAUAAAGAGUUAUGCAAGUCGGGCCAGUUUACAACCAGUGGGGAAUGCUGCAAGCAGUGUCCACCUGGUGAGGGUGUCAGCCAACCAUGUGGAGACACACAGACUGUCUGUGUCCCCUGUCUUGACAGUGAAACCUUCUCAGAAAACUUCAGUCACACAGAGAAAUGUCAGCCCUGCACACAGUGCACAGGUCUAAUGCGCAUGCAGACGCCCUGCACAGACGCCAACGAUGCCGUCUGUGUCUGCAACUACGGCUUCUACCAAAAUAACCUGUCUCAGAUGUGUGAACCCUGCACCAAAUGUCCUGAAGGCCAGGGAUUGCUGUACAGCUGUGAGCAUGCCCAUAACACAGUGUGUGAGGACUGCAUUGGGGACACAUACUCAGAUCAGGAAAGUUCUCGUGAGCCAUGCAUUCCCUGCACCACCUGUGAUGAAGAGGAGGUGCUGAAGGUCUGCACCUCUGUCAGUGAUACAGUUUGCCAAGUUCACUACCCUACCAUGUCUCCCACGGCCUUCAUGGGCUCCUCCAUACCCUCUUAUGAUGAUUUUCUAACAGAGGGCUUCCCACCAGAGGGCCCUACCGACAGCACCACCACCACCACCACAGAUGGUGAUCCCCAGAAGCGCCUCUACCAGGGUCUGAAUGACAAACUCAUCCCCAUCUACUGCUCCAUCCUAGCAGCUGUCGUGGUCGGCCUUGUGGCCUUCAUCAUCUUCAAGAGGUGGAACAGCUGUAAGCAGAACAAACAAGGAGCCAACAACUGCACAGCCAACCAGAACCAGACACCGUCACCUGAGGGGGAGAAGCUGCACAGCGACAGUGGCAUUUCUGUGGACAGCCAAAGUCUGCAGGAGCAGCAGGGCCAGACACAGGCACACACGGUUGUCACCAUGGAUGAAGAGCCUUGUUUGCUUCUUCCUCUCCACACCAGAGAAAAAGUGGAGAACAUGCUGUUCAGGGGCAGCGAAGGAGACAACGGCAACCACAUGGACGAUAGUGACUGGUGCAACCUGGCAGGCCUCCUAGGAUAUGAGGAAGAGCGAAUUGCGACCUUCCGGCAGGAAGAGCAUCCUGUCCGCGCACUCCUGUCUGACUGGGCAAGCAAGGACUCUGCCAGCAUGGACACACUUUGCACAGCACUACGCAAGAUCAACCGUGACGACAUCGUCCAGAGCCUGGUACUCAGCCCAAGUGCUACUAAGUCAACCGCCACCUCUGUAGUGUGAUUUACAGAGCAUAAACCACCUGGACAUCAACUUUAAUAUUCUUUAUUGGCCUCCCUUACUUCAGAUAAUUCAUGCUAGAACCGCUUUCAACUAUUCCCUCAAGAAGCCAGCAGUCACAAUGAUGGUCCAGUGGCAUGAAUAAUGUUGGAUCAAGGAAUAAGACUGGAAGAUGCCACAAAUCAGACAAAAAACAAUUAAAUAAUGUACCAAACCAAAUAGAUGGAAAUGAAGCCAAAACCCUAACUAUCAGGAUGGGCUUGUAAUCAAUCAACAACAAUUUAAAAUCCACUCAAAUAAAACCAGUGCCGAAGGAAAUUGUUUAAUCAUUCCACUGUGAGCCUGGAUAUCCACCUUACUGUCUUCUGACCCGAUUAAUUCUGGAUCAGCCGUGGCUUUUGAUGUUAAUGUGGAUACCUGGCUCUUGAGCCUCUGCAUCUUUAAUCAUUAUUUCUAAACAUGCAUAGUCAGUUAUUUAUAGCCUUUAUAUGCCAGUGUUGUACCAAUAAAUGUUACUUUUCAAAUGCAUGCAACCAAAGAGGAGUAAAUGUCUCCAGACCCUACCUGACAAGUAACAUUUACAUGCCAUGUUAGAACUGAAUGUGACAAAAGUCUUGUGCCUGUUACUGCUAUGAAUGAGGCCUGCAUACCACAGAGUGUCAGGAUCUUUGCAACUGUUACAGGAUAAAUUAACUGCCCCCCUUCAGCAAAAACAAAUAAUAACUCCAAUUAUUUAUACUUAUUUUAACUAACUUUGUUAGAUGUAAAACAUGGUGCUGCAGCACACACACAAUUAAUCUCAAUUUUGCCUCUAUUUUUAUUUUGUCUGGCUCUUCCUUUUCUCGAUAAGAGCUUUAAGAACUGCUGGCUGGACUUUGCGUACUAGAUGGUCUGUGGGGCAGGUCACUGACUGAAGCCACAUGAGACUCCAGUCUGUGUGCUCAAGCCUAUCUGCAUAACACAGGAUCUCCUACACAGCCUCCUUCACAAUGACCCAGAGCAGGGAAGGACAUGGAAUUCAAAAUACAAACAUCCAGUCUAGCCCCCACGUGUACUGUAUGUGUAUACGCAGACAACUGCCCACAGCAAACAGACACAUACUGUAUAUACUCCACACAGUAUGUAGCCAUGUAUGUAACUAUACAACUGUGUCUUAAAAACAUGUCUAAUGUUGUACAAUUUGCAGUCUGUGUGCUAUAGAUGGUGAAAUGCUAUCCUAACAGUAAACAGCAUGCACAAAUUCCAAAACAAAAACAAAUGCACAUUUAGUACAAAAUGACCAGGAUGGAAAGCAAAAAUCCAGGGCGUUCUAUUGUUUUUGUUUCAUUUCUCAGGGUAUCUUGAAUGAUUGUUAAAACAUCAAUAUUGCACCCACUGUUCAAGAGGAGACACUGUGUUUAUCUAAAGCAGUGAUUCUUGCGCUCGACAAUCCUUCAGACAGCUGAAUAAGAGAGGGGUAAAAAGGGUGUCUUGUUUCCUCAUUGUUGGGAACAAUGACAUCUGGAUAAAAGGCAAGUCAGGAGAGACAUAAGUCAACGGAUAUGGGAUGAAUUCAGAGUAAGGGAAAACAGUUCAGUUUUGAAUUACUCAAGGUGAAACCCAGGAAUCUGCAUUUGUAUUAAUCAGCUUGUGUAAGAAUAAGCAUGCAUUCCUCCUGUCUGGAUGUGCUUUUUGCUUCUUUGUGUUGUGUUUCUAUUUGUGUGAAAUAUUUGAUUUAAAUUUGUCAAAGCGAACUUCAACAUUGUAAUAAUGUUGAUAUUAUUAUUAUGCUGCCAUUUGAGGACCAAUGGGGCCUCCUUUUUUUAGUCCACUGUUUUGGGAAAAUAUUUGAAGUAGCAAACUGUUUACUGUACUAAACUGUAUCACCAACUUCAUCUGGUACUCGUGGAUACAUACUGUACAUUGUUACUAAUCACUAGCCUAUUGAGCUUCAUGCUGUAGUGUUACUUUAAAUGAAGGUAAUCUCACUCUACUCUCUUAAGGGUUACUGUAUUUUAAUUAUAAAUAACAUCUGUAAAGGGUUUGUCCUAGAUUGUAGCAUUUAAAUGUGUGAUAGUGUCUGUUUUGCAUCACAAGUGCCUGGGAACUAUUGCAGGUCUCUGCUGAUGCUGUACAUUUUUAUUUUUGUAAGUAUAUCUUCUUUAGUUGCUGUUUUGUAACUUGUAAAUAAUUAGUUUUUUUCUUGUGUUUAGAUAAAGCCUAGAAGGCACCACUGUACAAUAUUGAUGUGAAUGGGACUGUUAAAAUAUGACCUAGUUUAAAACAGCAAAGGGAAGAGAGGUGCAAUUGUGAGAUACGUGUUGCAUUUAACAAAUGUUUCACCAUCAGGUGUAUUUGUGUAGUACAUGAUGUAGCAUGGACAUGAAUAGGGGAAACAAAUUGACAUUAUCUGUAUGAUAACAGAACUGUACAUGUUUGUUGUCCAUUUGGAAAGACAGCACCUGAGCACCCACCGACCAUAGACUCUCUGCAUUGCUAAAAGACUAUUUAGACAUUUUCAGCCAUGUGCUUAGUUACUUUCUUGCUGAGAGAGAUGAGAAGAUCAAUACCACUACUGUACUUGUUUGGUAAAAUACUGCAGCCAGCAGGCAGUUAUCUUAGCUUAGGUUAGCAUAAAGAGUGGAACAGGGUGAAACAGCUAGCCAGGCCAAUCUUCGCUUUUCUUAUCUAACUCUCAGCAAGAAAGUAAUAUUUCCCAAAGUGUCAAACUAUUUCUUCACAUCAAAUGAACCUCAUAUCUGUGGAAAUUUGUAAAUUUGAAAAAGAAGGUGGCAUAGAAGGUAUGCUACUUAUUAUUCAAACAUAUUUACAGUACAUGUCACAUAGUUAAAUAUAUAGACCAUGGAUCUAUAGAUCCAUGAUAUAGACACACUGCACUGUUGAUGUGUCUGUAGCAGACAACCUCCUUUGUGAUGAUUUUCCCACAGGCUUUGACUCAAGAAACAUAAGUCAAAAAAUAAAGAGCCAAGUUCUUAUUUGUCCUAAAUAUCUGAACAAUUUGCACCAGCAAGAUGUUAAGUUGCUAAGCUGUGAGGUAAAGCUCUUUUGGUUGCACCUGAUUAACUAGUGUGACUAAAACAGAAUGAAUCAUCAAAACUUUACACAACCUGUUACCUGUUUUAAUAUGACUUUUCUUGGUUAAAUUAAUAUGUUUGUUAACUAUUGCUUUCUGUAAGAAGCAAGAGGGAAAUGUCUCAAGUUUUUUUUUGUUUAAUAUUAUCUAUCACCACAGAAUGACUUUCCCUAAAAGCCCUCUGUCUAUUCUGUCUAUAACCUCAUUUUUUCUUGUCAGAAACUAACUGAUUAUGGAGGCUUGAACAGUAUUUGUUCAGUUUGACAGAGAUGAAAGAUUUAAUUAACAAAUAGUGACCAGAGUUUAAAUAGUUUGUACAGUAAACCUCAACUGAAGGUGAACAUGUCAUGACAUUGCACUAACCGUUACAAAUGAGGAUGUGAGAGUGUGUGGAUGACUGAAAGACUGGCUUCCAAGGAUACGGUUUUGAAAACACUGACAAGACUGACAGUGCACCAGGACUGAAUUGUACAGAUCUGAGAAAUACUGAAUGUUUCUAAUACAUAUACUGUACUAUACCUAAUGUGAAUUUGCAAAAUUCCUGCAGCAGACAAGCAGUAAAAUCAAUAAAGCUAUUAAAUCCAUUUACG